AUGAGCGAAAAGAGAAGAAUAAGCCUUGUAGCAGGCUCAUACGAACGCUUCAUCUGGGGUUUCACUCUCAACCCCAACAAACAAACCCUAAACCCUAUCUUCUCCUACCCUUCCCAUCUCUCCCUAAUCAAAUCCGUCGCCGUCUCCGGUUCCGUCGUCGCCUCCGGCGGCUCCGACGACACUAUCCAACUCUACAAUCUCUCCGCCGCUUCCUCCAUCGGUUCCCUUACCCACCACUCCUCCACCGUCACCGCUCUCUCGUUCUACUCGCCUCCUCAUCUUCCUUUCCCUCGCAAUCUCGUUUCUGCAGAUGCCGACGGUUCCCUCGCGAUCUUCGAUGCUGACGGUUUCGUUCAUCUCAAGACAUUUCCUGUUCAUAAAAAGGCUAUCAAUGAUCUGGCUCUUCAUCCGUCCGGGAAGCUUGCCCUGACUGUUUCGCGGGAUAAUUGUUUUGCGAUGGUGAACCUUGUUCGUGGUCGGAGGAGCUUUUGUUGUCGGUUGGAUAAAGAGGCGUCAAUUGUUCGAUUUGAUGCUUCGGGUGAUUUGUUUUUCAUGGCUGUUGAUAAGGUUGUUUCUGUUCAUCAAGCGGAGGAUGCUAGGUUGUUGCUUGAAUUGCAAUGCCCGGAUCGUGUUUUAUGCGCUGCACCUGCUAGGAAUGGACUUCUCUAUACAGGUGGCGAAGACCGAAAUAUUACAGCAUGGGACAUAAAAAGUGGAAAAGCUGCAUAUUGCAUAGAAGAGGCACAUGCUGCGCGUGUAAAAGGUAUUGUUGUGCUCAGUGAUGAGGCUACAGGGGAUGAUGAACCAUACCUAAUAGCAUCUGCAUCAUCUGAUGGUACUAUACGCGCAUGGGAUGUUCGAAUGGCUGCCACCGAAAAGCCAAAUCCACUAGCUGAGUGUAAGACACAGUCAAGACUGACAUGUCUUGCUGGAUCGAGUCUGAAAUCCAAACAACCUAAACCUGCAAAGAAUAAUGCAAAAGUUGAAGAUGAAAAUCAAAUGGUGACAGAUCAAUAG